ACUCGGUCUUGUUCAGUUGUAACGGCAGGCCAGCCGCAAACCAGGCGAGGAGGGGAGAUGGGUUUUGGUGGGACGACGGUGGAGCGGGCGAUACGAGGAGCGAUUCAUUCUCCUUUCUCCUCCACGAUUCAGGGUCUUGAAUCUUAUACUUCUCAAAAGAAAAAUCGUUUAACAAGCAAGAUCUACUCUUUUAAACAGCAUCAUGUGAUCAAAAUCUCCUUCAACUUCUGAGCAAGUUCCAGCUCAUGUUAUCAUCAACAAGUCAUUUAGCAUGGAAAGUUUACCUGAUUCUUUGUCAAAGUCUCCUUAUGUGAAGCUGAAAGUUGUUGAAGCACUAAGCACGGGAUCGUUGGAGGUGGCUAAUUCAGUUCAGAAGCAGCAUGGUGAUCUUGAACAAGAGAUUGGUAGUUACAGAUAUAACAUAGGGCCAGAUCUUUGUACAAUGGAUUUAGAUUCCUCUGUGGAGAAAAGUUCAUCUAUACCAUCUGUUUUCUCUGAUCAUAUUUGAAAAGAAGCUAUUAGCUUUCAGCAACUUCAGGAUGUCAUAUGUCAGUUGAAUCUUGAAACAAAGCUCUGCAUAAGAGACGCUUCACACCACUUGGCUAGGAGUGCAGAGCCAAGAGGCAGAUUACUCACUGCAAACAGUGGAAAUGUAGAAUGUAGAAGAGUUCAUCGCACAGGAAAAUCAACAAAGCUUGUUGAAUAUAUGAACAUAGAGACCAAGACAAAUCCCAUCCAUCAGUUUGUAGCGCUCCUACUUACGGUAGAUCCUCAGAGGCUGCAGCUAGAUCUGAUGAUGAUGCUAUGUCACUCGAGUCUCAAGCGAUUAUGACAGUAUCGCAACUAGUCAGUGUGCAUGUUGUGGAAGCCUAAUGAUUUGGCAUCACAUGGAGUGGACUUCAUUUAGCUUCUGUUUAUACAGGCAUGUGCAAUGUGGAGCUCUACCUCACUCCACGAGGCAGGUUUCAUGGUACUCGAUGGCCCGAUGGGCGGCAUAGACUGUGGACCAGAGACGCCUGGUUACGCCAAUUCUGCUGCAAGAAAAGUCAACGGUACCGAGAAGUCUACCGCUCAUCAAGUCCACUUGCUCUAUAAAAACAAGUCAAGGUCUUCGAAGCUAACGUAGCUGAGAGAGCUCUAAGCUUGACUUCUCAUCAAGUCCCCAUUCAUCCAGUGCAUAAGUAUGAAGGCAACCUGUGAGCUUUGAGCACUACAAUGGCAACCAAUCUCCUUCCUUUUGUUCCCCCGCUCCUCCUCCUCCUCCUCCUCGCCUUAUCAGCUUCAGCUUCCAAUUUCACCAGCAUAGACUGCGGCGCGUCUGGUUCCUACAAGGACGAGAACGGCAUCGCAUGGGAGACCGACGAGUCGUACGUCAGUAAUGGCGAGAACCGAGUCGUGCAGAACCCGGACUCGGUGCCGGAGCCGAUGAGGACACUGAGGGUGUUCUCGUCGAGGAAGAAGAACUGCUACCCGGUGAGCGUCCCCGGCGGCGGGCGGGUCCUCGUCCGGGCCAGUUUCUACUACGGUAACUACGACGAGAAAUCCUCGCCGCCGACUUUUGCUCUCCAGUUCGACGCCAACAGUUGGGAGACGGUGGUGACGUCCAUGGACCAGGUCGUCUUCCACGAAGCCAUAUAUGACGUGUUCGCGGAGGGGACGGCCGUGUGCGUGGCCCAGUUGGAGCAGGGUCAGCUGCCGUUCGUCUCCGCGAUCGAGGUAAGGACGCUGGAGACGGACAUGUACGAGGGCGUCGAUUCCAGCUUCGCGUUGCUCCUGAAGGGGAGGUUGGCGUUCGGCGCUCCCGGAGUCGUGAGGUAUCCAAGUGAUGCAUACGAUCGCAUAUGGGAUCCAGUUGCCGCCUCCGACGAGCUGAUAACGACCAAGAGUGACACCACCGUCAUGGACCCGACCGCCGUCAAGGACAAGCCUCCGGCAGCCGUGCUGCUGCAGGCCAUCACCACUGCGAACGUGUCGACUGACGUCGUCUUGUUCCUCUCCGAACUGCUGCCGACCGACCCCGUCCCUGCCUACAUCAACCUCUACUUCGCGGAGAUGAGCCACCUGGGCUCCAAGGACAACAACACAUUCCAGGUUUACGUCGACGGCGAUCCGUUAAUCGAUGCAGUUAAUCCACCUUACCAAAGUGUGGCCGAGUAUCUCAUCGGGCUAAAGGCCGCUUCGGCAAGCACCAAGAUCACCCUGACGGCCACGCCGGAAGCCACGGUUCCGCCUCUAAUCAGCGCCAUGGAGGUCUUCGUCGUUCGAGGUGGGCUGAGCAACGGAACCGACGAAUCCGACGUGGGGGCUCUAAUAGUCCUGCAGCAAAAGUUCGAGGUGCUCGGUGACUGGGCCGGCGAUCCAUGCCUCCCUGCGAAGUAUACCGCUGAUUGGGUGGGUUGCAGUUCGGAUCCGACUCCACGAAUCACAGCACUAUAUCUGAGUGGAUAUGGGCUUUCGGGAGAUCUUCCUGACUUCAGCGCGUUGACCGCCCUCCAAACCAUAGAUAUGAGCAACAACAAUAUCACUGGAAGAAUCCCAGAAUUCCUGGGCAAGCUACCAGAUCUAAAGGAGCUGAACCUGGCCGAUAACAAACUAAGCGGAGCUGUACCUUCCUCGCUCACGGAAAACAAGAAGAUCAAGUUGACCAUCUGCGGCAACCCGAGUUUGUCGUCCUCCGACCAGAAGCCAUGCGACAGCUCCAUGGGUAAGCCUAGCACACCUCGGGCUACCAAAUCCUCUUCCACGUCUUUGAAAGAGAGCAGGAGGAAUCUGGUUGUCGCACUCGAGGCUGUGAUCUCUCUGUUCCUCCUCGUUUUGAUGGCCUAACCAGUCAUCUUCAGUCUUUGUAAUUGUUUCUAAUAUCCGGUCGGACAAUAACACAGGAUCACUUGCCAACGCUAUUAAGACAGGGCUGGCAUCA